CCUUUAAGGAACUAGCGUUACAGACGCAGCACCUGAGUGACGCUGCAGUACACAGACCGGAGGGAGAGAGCAGAGGAGGAGUCGGAGAGAAGAGCGGUGAUUAAUUAACAGGAAAAAGUUAAUAUUAUGGUGAAAAAAACAUAAUCUACCUGGUCGGGAACUGACAGGGAUUUUAUGAGAACUAAGCUACAUCGGGUUUGGUCAGGUUUUUUGCUUGGUUGGAAGCUCGGUCGGAGCGAGGAUUGGUUUGCCGUGUGCGACGUGCACAUUCACAGACGGGAUUCAAGAUGGCGAGCCAGACCCAGACCUUCAAUUCAUCUUCUCCAUCGCAUUAGGGAGGGAUUCUCCUGCGUGUGGUAAUUCGCUGCCGGAGCGAGCCUAGAACUGGUCCAGUGGCGCAGUUAGCGGUGUGACACCGGUGCUACAUAGUCCCUCCCUGCUCGGCUAGUCUCUUGGAGCUCUGUGCAUUUGCUGUUUUGCCCUCAUCAUGGCUGCAUGGCUGUUGAGGAGACUUGUGACUAGAAAUGACAGCUGGCUGCUGCAUUGCCCUAUUUCCCAGACCCCAGUCUGCUCCAGAGGGGUGUCAAGGGCCUCUCCUGCCUCGAGGGCCCUCUCCACCAUGCAGGACAAGCCUCGGACAGCGGAGGAUCUCCCACGUGUCAGCUUCUUGGAGCUUCUUUACAGAUUGGUGUUUCAGGGUUUCUACAACCGUUUGCAUGAGCUUCAGCUCUAUGAGAAGCAGCUAUAUGGGCCCAUUUACAGAGAUGGAAUCGGGUCAGUAUGCUUGAACACCCCAGAGCUUGUGGAAGAGAUCCUGAGGAAAGACGACAAAUUCCCUUGCAGAGGAGACAUGGGCGUAUGGAGAGAAUAUCGUGACAUGAGAGGAUUCGGCUACGGACCUUUCACAGAUGAGGGGGAGACCUGGUACAAGCUGAGGGUGGUGCUCAACAAGCGCAUGCUGCAUCCAAAGGAGUCGGCCCGGUAUUCUGGGACUUUCAAUGAAGUAGUUAAAGACUUCAUCAAGAAGAUCCGCUACAUGCGCCAGUGCAGCCCAACAGGAGACUCUGUGACCAACAUGGCCAAUGAGCUUUAUCUAUUUUCACUAGAAGGUAUCGCCUCCGUAUUGUUUGAAACGAGGCUUGGUUGUCUGGAAAAGAAAAUCCCUGCUGGUACACAAGAUUUCAUCAGCGCCAUAGCCCAGAUGCUCUCCUACAACACGACUGUCUUCAUCCUUCCCAGGUGGAGCAGGAAUCUGCUGCCCUACUGGGGGCGUUACAUCGCUGGCUGGGAGGGAAUCUUCAGCUUUGCUAAAAAGUUGAUUGACAAGAAGAUGGAGCUGAUUGAGCAGCGCGUGAACAACCACCAGGAUGUGGAGGGUGAAUACCUGACAUACCUCCUCUCAAACACACAGAUGAGCAUUAAAGACGUGUAUGGCAGCGUCACUGAGCUUCUCUUAGCUGGAGUGGACACGACCUCCAACACCCUCACGUGGGCUUUGCAUGAGCUGUCCAGGAACCCGCAUGUGCAGGACAGACUCUAUAAAGAAGUGUCCACCAUGGUACCAUCAGACCAGAUCCCCACUGCUGCUGACGUCACUCGCAUGCCCUAUUUAAAGGCCGUUAUCAAGGAAGCUCUGAGGAUGUAUCCUGUUGUUUCUCUGAACGCGAGGAUCAUAGCAGAAAGGAAUGUUUCUAUUGGUGGAUAUCAUUUUCCAAAGAAAACGGCGUUCAGCUUUUGUCACUAUGCCAUCAGCCACGAUGAGAACACAUUCCCUGACUCGUUCGCGUUUAAGCCAGAGCGAUGGCUCCGUGACAACCCCGAGCGGCCAAACCCCUUCAGCUCCCUCCCGUUUGGCUUCGGGGUGCGAGGCUGUGUCGGUCGCAGGAUCGCUGAGCUCGAGAUGUAUUUGCUUCUGUUUCAACUAAUCAGGCAGUUUGAAAUCAAACCAGACCCGACACUGGGAGAGCUGAAAUCCAUCAACCGCACAGUUCUGGUACCAGACAAACAACUAAACCUGCACUUUGUGGACAGAAGAUGUGAAAACACAGACUGUUACUAAAAUGACAGAAAAUUUAAACCUGUCCAGACAAAUGUAAAUAUAUCCCAUUUACACAGUGAAUUUUGCAGCAUCAAAGUGAUGCUGUAAGAGUUCAGUGUAACUGUUUCCACAGUGAAUCCGUUCCCAUUCAGAGACCACUGCACAAUUAUUCACUGUAAAAAAAAAACAAAAAACAAAAAGGAAAAGUGUCCUGUGAUUUUCUACCAGGACACUUUUUUUUUUUUUUUUUUUU